AUGACUGGCCACGACAAUGCUGUGCUAGAUGACAUUUGCUACCUCGACCUCAAGACCUGGACAUGGUCGCGACCCUGGAAGUUUGUGCCUAGAUACGACCAUUCAACAUGGAUCUGGCGCGACAGACUCUGGGUGUCGGGAGGCAUGACCGAAGACAUGGAGCGUACGAGCGACAUUUGGUGGCUCGAUCUCAAAGGUAUCCCUGCUUUCGAAGGUGCCAAUUCAGCCGACGACAUGUCCAGGUCCUCUAUGUACUCUACAACUUCCAUCACCCCACAGGCAGGUUCCACGGGCGCCUAUGCUGCAAAUUCAAGCAGUGUCCAGGUAAAUCCCGGCUACAUGGUCCAACGCAACCCACCCGUCGCGCCAGGCUCCAUCUCUUCUCUUCGCUUCAUCUCAAACCCCAACCUCCCUGUACAAAAUGUAGGAUAUCAUUUCCAUGUUUUCUCUUCCGCAUGCUUGCUCGACUUUGUCACCCCUGCGACACUCAUGUCUGCAUCCGAGACUAGCCUUUCAGCAUUUGAUCUGGAUUCUUUGCGUUGGCAAAAACUAGCUGAUGGAAAGGACAUUUUCAAUCCGAACUACCGCUGGCAUUACUGCUGUCUCGAUGCAGAUGGCACGCAUGCCUGGCUGCUUGGAUGUCCCAAUUCACUUCCCAGAAAUGCCCCUGAUGCCGAGGAAUAUCUCAGUGAUGUUCUUCACCUCGACCUCAGAAAGCUUGGUCUCCUUGGUAACAAGCUCACUCUAGAGUCUAGAUCGGUUCAACAGACGCCGACUUCUGACAGCCGAGUUUCUUCGCACCUCUCCGCUAUUGGCGCUGAUCUUGCCCGUACGUUUGACGUUCCUCCUGAGCAAGGCUCCGGUGCAGAUUUCAUGAUUACGGCCAAUCCGGACGAUGACUACGACCAGGACUAUGAUGGAGACAGCGUGAGGUCUCACGAAAAGCCUGCGAACGCAUCCCAGCCCAUCCAUGUCCACCGCUUCAUCCUCUCAGCACGCUGGCCUCAUUUUGCUCGCCUCUACAGUGCUCAGAUGUCCGAAUUCCAUACAAAGAAGAUGCACAUUCCAGAGCCAUACGCAGCGGUACGCGCCUUCCUCUACUACCUGUACACCGACUCAAUUGCGCCCUCGUCCAUCACAAAUUCCGCAUCUCCAUCGCCCAGUCUCGAAGACGUGGCAGGUAUGCUUGUCAUGAGCAAUAUCUAUGACAUGCCACGCCUGCAUCAUCUUUGUGUCGCAAGAUUGGUCCGUGAGCUCGAUAUUCAGCACGCUGCUCUCAUCUUCGAUUGCGCAAGCGUUGCUCAAGAAACUUGGCUCAAACGUCGUGCAGCCAGUUUCUGCAUGACACACUGGGGACGUGUGGUGCGUACGGAGGGAUUCCGACGACUAUCGCGUGCCGCCAUGCUUGAGCUUUGCGAGGAGGUGGAUGCUGAAGGUCGAGUAGUCGGUGGAGACGAGCUUGAAGCUGUCGGGGCUCUUGGAGGUGCAAGACUCAGCACUCUUAGCAAUUGGCCCGAGGGUAGAAAGAGGAGAAUGAACUCUGAAAGCGGACUCAUGGAAGAGAUUGCUGACGAAGAAGAGGACGAGGGCAUGGAGGUUAAUUAG